GUCCCGCUGUGCUUUAUGAUGAAUGGAUCCUGCUCAAGAACCCUCCAUCCGUUUGGAGUCCAGUUAGCCAUUUACAUGGUCUGUGCUAUUGGUGUGUUAGUUACCAUUAUGGGGAAUCUCUUGGUGGUGAUUUCCAUCUACCACUUCAAAGCACUUCACACUCCUACUAACUUUUUGCUACUCUCUCUUGCCCUGGCAGAUCUCCUCCUGGGCUUAACUGUCCUUCCCUUCAGCACAAUCCGUUCUGUGGAGAGCUGCUGGUAUUUUGGAGAUGACUUUUGCCGGCUGCACACCUUUCUGGACACUGUCUUUUGCUUGACUUCCAUAUUCCACCUCUGUUUUAUCUCUGUCGACCGUCUCUGCAUCUGUGAUCCUUUGCUCUAUCCCACCAAGUUCACCCUACGGGUUGCUUGCAUCUACAUAGCCCUGGGGUGGGGGAUCCCUGUGGUUUACACAUCCAUCUUCCUUUACAGCAAAGGAAUUGAGGAAGAGUUAGGGCAGUUUUUGCAAAGCGUGCCCUGCAUUGGGAGUUGUCAGCUGCUGUACAACAAACUCUGGGGCUGGAUCAACUUCCCAGUCUUCUUUUUUCCCUGCCUCAUCAUGAUAGGGUUAUACAUCAAGAUAUUUAUAGUGGCAACUAGACAAGCUAAACAGAUCAGGAGCAUGAACAAAAAGCCCAGAGGGAGCAAACAUCAAACAGGAGCUGCAAAAAGAGAAAGGAAGGCAGCAAAAACCUUAGGUAUCGCCGUAGGAAUCUACCUCCUUUGCUGGUUGCCAUUUACCAUAGACACUAUGGUAGAUAGCCUGCUGGAUUUCAUAACCCCUUCUGUUGUGUUUGAUGUUCUUAUUUGGUUUGCUUACUUUAAUUCUGCCUGUAACCCCUUGAUUUAUGUGUUUUCCUAUCGUUGGUUCAGGAAAGCUGUGAAGCUCAUUUUAACAUGCCAGGCCUUCUCUACAAGAACGUCUGCAAUUGAUCUAUAUCAAGAGGAAUAA